AAAUUUGGGACGUUACAAUCGGUAUCAAUGAUGUAAAAAUACAAUAUACUUUAUAACAUUAUAUAAUAUGUUUUAUAAUACAAUAUCUAUAAACAUAUAAUAUGAUAUGCACUACAAGGUUUGAUGAAAUCGAAGAUAAUUGCUGAGAAUCAUCAUAGAAAGGCAAGGUAAUAUGUACGUAAUAUUUAAACAUACUACACAAGUGUAAUUGACCAGCUUUAUAAUUAUUUUAUAUACACAUACACUUACAAUAUCAUAACCGUCAAUUCAAGAUGUGUGUGCGUGUGUAUAUAUGACCAGCAUUAAUACUAAUUACCUGUAAUGAAUGCCACUUGACAUCAGUCACCUUUGACGCGCCUGUUAUACUAAUUGUGACGUGAUAAUCGACUAUACAGGUAAGUAUACGAGUGAGGUGACGUCCGUAAUAAAUCAGAAAGGCAACAUUGCACAUUCAAAUUAGUCCCAUACGCUAAGAGUUUAUGUCAGGUAAGUUUGUGUUUUAAAGAUGAUAUCACGGAUGUACAGGGUCACUAUAUCCCUGGUGGGGUUACUAUGGGGAUUUCUGCUUGUGUUCCCGGGGAGUGGGGACGGAUUACGUGAUUGGACUACGGACAGGUCCUACUGGAGGUGGCGAUUAACCGGACCGUGGUACGGCCAGCAUUUCCGGGUCGCCGCAUUUAAUGUCAAAUCAUUCGGCAGGUCAAAGAUGAGGAAACCGGAAGUCGCCAACAUUCUAAAACAGAUUGUCCUGGAGUAUGAUAUCAUCCUUAUUCAGGAGAUCCGAGACUCUCGCGGGAGGGCUCUCCGAAAACUGCACAAAAGUAUAAAUAAAACUAUGCCGUACGGACUUGUGAACAGUAAACGUCUCGGAAGAUCAUCUUAUAAGGAACAAUACGCAUUCUUCUACCGGCCGGACAAGCUUUCCGUCGUAAAGAGCCACCAAUACCGCGAUACCAACAAAGUGUUCGAGAGGGAUCCAUUUAGCGUGCUUCUUCAACCAAAUAACACAGACCCAGGUGCUGCAUUUGCUGUGAUUGGUAUCCACGCUAAGCCGUCAAAUGCCGUGGCAGAAAUAAAACACUUGUUUGACGUGUACAAGGAUUUGGUGAAAAGAUGGAAUGUAACUAACGUUAUGAUCAUCGGAGAUAUGAAUGCCGAUUGUUCCUACGCGAGCAUUGCGCAGCUUCGAGAACUACCAAUAUAUAUGACAGGCCACUUCCGGUGGUUGAUCAACAACGAUGCUGAUACAACAACAUCUAACAAGACAAAUUGUGCUUACGAUAGACUUCUGUAUACUGGCCGACGACUUGAGUAUGCUGUUCUACCAUGGACUGCCGGUCCCUAUCUUUUUGACAAAAGUUAUGGAUUGACAAAUGAUCAGACGAAAGCUGUUAGUGACCAUUAUCCUGUCCAUGUCGACUUAAUGUUUUGAUAUUUGAAUCAUCACCUGAAGCCACCAUGAGCAGUAGAACCAGUAACAAUAGGAAAUUCUGUACACUUCGAAUACUGAUAUGCUAAUUGUCGGCUUUAUGUUACGACUUAAUGAUAAAAUAUUUUUUGUA